GGUCUGGUCUAUGGGUGUUGAACAGAUGUCUCCGCCUGUUAGGAAUCUAAAGUGCCUCUCACCGAUGAUGUGUCAGUGUAAGGUCAUCUGCAGCAACCGGACUCUCUCCCUCAUGUUCGGUUGCAAGAAGUACCGGUACCAGGAUGAGGAGACACCCCCCUUGGAGCACAGUCCAGCCCAUUUGGGUCAAGGGAAAAGCGCUGAGAUGCUUCACAUGAGCGAUAAGAACCUCGCCGCCAUGGAGGCAAUGCAUGGCUACACGCCGCACACACACAUCUCCCCUAUCAAGCCAGUGUUGAUGUCGUCAGGCCACACUCCUAUGUACACCUCUGCUGUUUCCACACUGGGAAAUUCUCCUCCAGUGAUGGUGAACACUGACACACUUGACGGCUCCCCCUACGUCAACGGGACAGAGGGGGAAAUUGAGUAUGAAGAGAUUACACUGGAAAGAGGUAACUCAGGCCUGGGCUUCAGUAUAGCUGGGGGGACAGAUAACCCUCAUGUUGGUGAUGACCCCAGCAUCUUCAUCACCAAGAUCAUCCCUGGAGGAGCUGCGGCCCAGGACGGACGGCUGAGUGUGAAUGACAGUAUCCUGUUUGUAAAUGAUGUUGAUGUGAGGGAGGUGACCCACAGUCUGGCUGUAGAAGCUCUGAAGGAGGCGGGGGCCAUCGUCCGCCUCUACGUGCUGCGCAGGAAACCAGCCGCAGAGAAAGUUACAGAGAUCAAACUCAUCAAAGGGCCCAAAGGUUUAGGUUUCAGCAUCGCUGGAGGAGUGGGUAACCAGCACAUUCCAGGAGACAACAGCAUCUAUGUCACUAAGAUCAUCGAGGGUGGAGCUGCUCACAAGGACCAGAGGCUGCAGAUAGGGGAUAAGAUACUGGCGGUGAACAGUGUGUGUCUGGAGGACGUGAUGCACGAGGAUGCAGUGGGAGCCCUGAAGAACACAGCUGAGGUGGUUUACCUCCGGGUGGCCAAGCCUAACAACCUCUACCUGAACUCCUACAACCCCCCUGACCUCACCAGCACAUACUCCCCUCACAUGGACACAGAUCUUGGCCCCACCUACCUUGGAUCAGAUUACCCACAAGCUCUCACUCCCACCUCGCCCAGUCGCUUCUCUCCGGUGUUGCACAGCUUGAUGGGGGAUGAAGAUCUUCCCAGGGAGCCUAGGAGAGUGCUGAUCCACCGGGGUUCUACAGGCCUGGGUUUUAACAUCGUGGGAGGAGAGGAUGGAGAGGGAAUCUUUAUCUCCUUCAUCCUGGCAGGGGGGCCUGCCGACCUCAGCGGAGAGCUGCGCAAGGGCGACCAGAUCCUCAGCGUAAAUGGAGUGGACUUGCGUAUCGCCACCCAUGAGCAGGCUGCUGCAGCCCUGAAGAACGCUGGCCAGACUGUCACCAUCAUUGCCCAAUACAGACCAGAGGAAUACAGCCGUUUCGAAGCAAAGAUCCACGACCUGAGGGAACAGCUGAUGAACAGCAGCAUGGGAUCUGGUCAGACAACACUGAGGAGCAACCCCAAGAGAGGCUUCUACAUCAGGGCCCUGUUUGACUAUGAUAAGACAGCAGACUGUGGUUUCCUGAGCCAGGCGGUGGGCUUCAGGUUUGGUGACGUGCUCCAUGUCCUGGACUGUGGUGAUGAGGAGUGGUGGCAGGCCAGACGGGUCAGUCCUCCGACAGAAGCUGAGGAGGUCGGCUUUAUUCCCAGCAAACGCAGGGCAGAAAGGAAAGAGUGGUCUCGCAUGGGCACAAAAGAAAGGGAUCACAGUCGAGACAGCCUCGGGUCUCAAGGAAGGGAUGAUUCUCAACACAGCUAUGAAACAGUCACACAAGUGGAGGUCCAUUAUGCGAGGCCCAUCAUCAUAUUGGGUCCUAUAAAGGACAGGGUAAAUGAUGACCUGCUGUCGGAGUUCCCUGACAAGUUUGGAUCUUGUGUCCCUCACACUACACGGCCCAAGCGUGAGUACGAGGUGGACGGGCGGGACUACCACUUUGUGUCGUCGCGGGAACAAAUGGAGAAGGACAUCCAGAGCCACCGUUUCAUCGAGGCGGGCCAGUACAACAGCCACCUGUACGGCACCAGCGUCCAGAGUGUUCGCCAGGUGGCAGAGCAGCAAGGAAAACACUGUAUACUGGACGUGUCGGCCAAUGCUGUCCGCAGACUACAGGCCGCUCAGCUUCACCCUGUCGCCAUCUUUGUCCGGCCCAAGUCACUGGAGAAUGUCCUAGAGAUCAACACUCGACUGACAGAAGAGCAGGCCAGAAAGGGCCUGGACCGUGCUCUCAAACUGGAACAGGACUUUCUAGAGUGUUUCUCAGCUGUGGUGGAAGGAGACAGCUUCGAGGAGGUUUACCACAAGGUGAAGACGGUGAUCGAGGAGCAGUCGGGGCCUUACAUCUGGAUCCCCACCCGGGAGAGGCUGUGAGGCUGCCCCAUAACCCACCCCCACCCCCCCAACCACCCUCAGUCUGCCCUCCAGCCCAACCAGGGCAGAGAGACAGAGAGAGAAAGACAGACAGAGGAACACGUGAAGAUAGAGACAGGAGGGGAAACAUAAUCACACAGAGAGAGAGAGAGACACAGAAUAACACUAAAAGAGACACAUAAAUAGAAACACAGAGAGAUAGACAUGGACGGUAUUGAAUAAAUAUGAAUAUAUUAUCAAUGUGUAGUGAGUACUGAGAAAGACUGGACAGGGGUGACCUAGUUGGGUGUGGCAGGGCGGGUCAGGGGGCGUCCCCGGAGUAACACAGGGUAAAUGAUCCACAAUCUCUCCCUCUCCUUCUCUCUGUCUCAUUGGCUGCCUUUGACAUCCCCGCCGACAAGGUGGCAAAACCAUCAGCAUCCAUCUGAUCCUUCCUUUUUUAUCCCUUAGCCUUCUCUCCUCCUCCUGUCUCCCCUCUCCUUUCAGGACAUGAAAAGGAGGGAGAGAGAGAGAGAGAGAGAAGGAGAGUGCAUAGACUAUGGAAGGACACAGAUCCUAUUGGGUCCCUCUAAUCCAGAGGAGGCUCUUUUCUAGUGAAGAGGCUUUGCUCUAUGAACAACAUCCCACUAACCAAGACAGGCAUUUGCUCAAUCACCCACGAAAAGCAUUGCAAGAACAUUUUUAAAAAGCAGCACAAAUGAAAACUCAGAAGUUGAACUUGUGCAUGCGUCCUCAGAGGACUCGGAGAUGGGAGUUGAGGAAAAUGACGGAUAUUAUGAAGACCCUAUAGAGAAAAAGAAGAAGAAGAAGAAUGGCCACCCGUCUUUCUGUUUUUCCCUCCUUUUUGAUGGUGGGAGGUUUUUAGCAUGUCUCUACAGAGAGAGGAGCAGAGCGGUGCAGACAAGGAAAGAGGGGGGUGUCUUUCUUGUGUGCAAACUCACUGUGUGCAUUGACAAUGGAAGACCUCACAGUAUAACCACUGGGUCUCUUCUGUACCGCACACACAGUCAGCCGUACAGUAGUACCAUUCUAAUCCACCUGGCUGUUCUCCAAAAGCACUGGUUGUUCUGCCUGUUUGCAACAGGCAAGUAGAUCCCAGGCUGAAUGUUCUCUUAAUGCACAACAGCAGAAUUCUUAUGUUCAGCUCUUUAGUGUGAAGAGCACCGCAGCCAAUUCUCUGAUCACUCUUCCAAAAAGACCCCUCAACAACCCACACACAGUGUUCUCACUGGCCGCUCUGAGCAGUGGUGUGUGUGUGUGUGUGUGUGUGUGUGUGUGUGUGUGUGUGUGUGUGUGUGUGUGUGUGUGUGUGUGUGUGUGUGUGUGUGUGUCUCUUCCUCCCGACCACUCUUUCUCUGCCUCUUUCUUUCUCUCGCUCUAUGUUCGUCACACAUGAAGGCUACUUAUAUAUAACACGUUUAACAGACAAAAUGGCCUAUAUAAAUAUAUAUUUUUAAUGACGAUUUCUAACAGGAGUUGGAGACUGUAAAAUGUAAAAUCUCUUCAACAAUUUUCCAUUGCUUUCUUUGGGUAAUGUUUCUCUUGUGUUUGGUGAUUUGUUUUGGUCAUUGACUUUGCUUGAUUUCCCACUCCACACAACACAGUCCUGACAAACAAACACACAAAGAAACACAUAAUAGCUGAACUAUACCUGAGAAAUACCUGAGAAAUACCUGAGAAAUACCUGAGAAAUACCUGAGAAAUACCUGAGAAAUACCUGAGAAAUACCUGAGAUAUACCUGAGAUAUACCUGAGAUAUACCUGAGAUAUACCUGAGAUAUACCUGAGAUGUACCUGAGAUAUACCUAAGCUGUACCUGAGAUAUACCUGAGAUAUACCUGAGAUAUACCUGAGAUAUACCUGAGAUAUACCUGAGAAAUACCUGAGAAAUACCUGAGAAAUACCUGAGAAAUACCUGAGAAAUACCUGAGAAGUACCUGAGAUGUACCUGAGCUGUACCUGAGAUACCUGAGAUGUACCUGAGAUAUACCUGAGAUAUACCUGAGAUAUACCUGAGAUAUACCUGAGAUGUACCUGAGCUGUACCUGAGCUGUA